AUGAGCACCACAGCGAGCACAGAAGCAUCUGAGCGCAGAAGCCCUGGCACUUCUACACCUCUCAUGGAAACGGAAGGGAUUUCAUCCUGGAAUUUCGAGAAAACGCCCAUUGCGGUUCCUUACGGAGUAGUGGUCCGCCAAUCUCCGACACGGAGUUUACAUGAGAAAUAUGUGGCAAAGCUCGAGGGCUUCCUCUGGGAUGUGGAGCAUCACCCCAUUGCCUUGGAGCACAUCAUUGCCAGUCGACGGAAUUCUCUCCCAGGGAGUAG